AUGACUGAUUUAGCGUCCUUUUGUGAUGCAAUUUCUAAAAAAAUUGAUAAUCCAAAGGAUGUUGAUGCUUUAAUACUUGAGUACAUUGAAACUUUUCAAAUAGAAGCAAACACACUAUCAUCUUUCGAAAAUAAUCAAAAUUUUUCAACAUUUUUACUUCACAUAUUUGCAUUGUUAACACGAAAUCAACUACCUAGGACUACAUCAGGACAAAUUGUCCUUAAAUGCAUCAAAGUUUUAGAGUUUUUAAAUGAAAUCUCGAUUCAAAAUCCAAUACUAUUAAAGACAAUUGCUGCACACGCACCAUUUGAUGAUCUAGUACAAAAAUUCUUUAAAGAUAGCGUAUUUGAUGCAAAAGGAAAGGCAAUUUACAAACCUCAAUUAAUCGUUAUUGUUAAAUUUUUCGCAUUAAUUGCUUCUGAAAGUCCUGUGAUCAUUGAAACACCCGAAACAUUCUCGAUGUUAUAUCAAAUUGUCCAAACAUACUUUAAUCAGACUGAUUCUGAAUGGGCAUUAGCACUAAUUGCAGGGUUAAUACAUAAUUGUCCAACAGGACCAGCUUUCUUACGUACGCAACCUAAAUUUAACAAAUUAAAGAAUACAUUUGCAGAAAUGCUUUCAAAUAGAAACGUUGCUAUUGUACUUUCUGCUUUAACGAAUCUUGUUUUUCUCUUUCCUGCUCAAAUAUCUCCCGAUAUUAGUAUUAAGACAUCAAUUAAUAGUCUCAAGUUAAAUAAUACUUUUCCACUUGCUAUCAAACUCAGUUGUUGGAUUAUUAAAGAGCUUGCAGAUAACUCAAAGCUAUCAUCAGAUGAUGUAUGGGCUCUCUUAAGUACAACAUUUACUGCUGGUCCAAGUGCUUUUUAUAUAUUCAGAUUAUUAGUUGAUAUUCCAAACGCUGUAGAUACACUUGUUGAUGUGAUAUCAUCAAUGAAUUGUCUAUUUGCAAUCAUUAAUACGCUUCUUGAUUCUCAAUAUAAUUUUAUAUCUGUAGUUGGUGUUACAUUUCUCUUCGCAAUCUUUUCAAAAUUCGAUAAUGUUGUCUUUUCUAAUGAAGUUAAGGAUUCUUUCCUUAAAGCAUUAAAAAUUGUGAUAUCAUCUGAUAAAUUUGUGGAUAGCGACAAAAAAGAAGCUGCUAUAAUGAUUAUGCGGUUUUUAAUACGAUCUAGAGAAUCCACUGUUCAUGUUGUUAAUAUUUUAAGCGAUAAUCAACAAAAAUUAUUUGUUGAAUUUCAGAGACAAGUUACAAAUAACAAUGCAUAUGUAUCUGUGCAAUUUUUCCUUUUACUUUAUGAAGUUUCUCACUUUUUGGCUGCAUGGAGAUCUACUUUGAUAAGAAUUGCAAUUGAUUCCCAAUUUCCUGCUCUUUUAACUCAUGUUCUUAGUGCGUCAAGAAACAGAAGCUCUGUUGAAGAUUGUAUAUUAUGCCUUCAAAUUGUUUGUGGAGGCAUGACAGAAGACAGAAAAUACAAGAAAAAUCCUUUAGUUUCUAUUUUAACAGAUGGACAUAUGAUUGCCAAUCAAAAACUUCAUGAAGACGAUAAAUCAGAUGAUUUGCACAUAGAUGAGAUUACACAAACAUUACAGAGCCAGAUUAAUGAAUUGGAAGUUGAGAGAGAUUGUUGUAUUCGUGAAUUGGAAGCUCUCAAAGUUGAUGCUGCUCAAUGCUCAUUAACAAUUGAAACCGAACUUGAUCAACAUAAAGAUGUUAUUGAAAAGAGACAGAAACUAAAAGACCAAGAGAGUAGAUUAAAGAAUGAACUUGAAGAAGCACAAACUAACUUGGAACAAAGAUUAAUUUCUAAUAAAGCACUGCAACAGCAAUUGCAAAAUCUUCAAAAGACAACAAGUGAAAGAUCCCAGAAGGAAGCAGGAAUUAGAACAAAGAGUAAUGACAUCAAUAACAUGAAUAUCCAAAUAGUAACUAUAUCAGAAGAGAACAGAAAAGUUAGGGAUGCAAUCUCUCAUUCAAUUGAUCUCAUUGAAAAGCAAAAAACAAAUAGAACUAAAUAUAUAAAUUGGCUGAAAACAGGAAAGCAAAGAUGUGAUAAAAGAAUCAAAAUCGUUACUGAUCUUGAAGAGCAGAUUAAUAUUGAAACAAAGCGCAAGGAACAACUUGAGAAUGAGAUUAGUAUCAGUGAACAACAGCUUAAACAAUGGUCAGAUUUUCUUAAAGAUGAAGAAGAUGCAAAGAAAGCAGAAGAAGAUCAAAUCCAAGAGCUUAAAAAUGAACUGGAGAAAAUAAGAAGAGAUAUUGAAACAAAUGAAUAUAAGGCAUCCCUCAGGGUUAGGACUCUUGAUCAGUUAAAGGAGCACAUGAUUGAACUAGAAACACAAUAUAAUGAGAUGAAACUUUUAGUUAAGCUAUUACAUAAAUCAACAUAUCCAAAUAUGCGGAUACCAGAAAAUGUAUCAUCUUUGUUCCAACUCCAAGAUACAUAG